CCCCUCCGUCAUGGGUCUCGAGAUGGAUCGGUAAACCCUACCAAUGCGGCCGUACCAUCGAAACCCCAUCAUGUUCAUGUUCCAAACGCCCAUGUGGGGUGUCCACACACCGAAACAAAAGCCUUUUGCCAGUGAUUUUGUUUGCCUCCACGAAACGUACUGAAACCAAACCAUGCCUUGUGGUGUGGUCUAUUUAAACCUCAGUUGGCCACAGCUUGGCGUCUCCUCCUUUCACAGUUCAGAGUUUCAUUCUUCUUCCUAACUUCAUCUCCAUCGCCAUUGCUGGUGGCCAUCCAAGAGGAGAGACUAGAGAGAUAGGCAGAGGCAACAACACACGGAGACAGCUCGAGCGCAUAGGACAUAGGAGAAUGAGGCUUCGAGGAGCUCUUGCUCUGCUUCUGCUCCUCUGCAUCCAUGGCGGCCGUCAGGGAGCAGCGGCCGGGCGGGAUGGGUUCGUGAGGGUCCAGGGCACCCGUUUCGUGCUGAACGGCAACCCGUUCUUCGCCAACGGGUUCAACGCCUACUGGCUCAUGUCCUUGGGCGCCGACCCCGCCCAGAGGGGCAAGGUCACCUCCGCGCUGGGCCAGGCCGCCGCCGCCGGGCUCUCCGUGGGCAGGACGUGGGCGUUCAGCGACGGCGGCGGCAAUGCCGCCCUGCAGUACUCCCCCGGCCGCUACAACGAGAACACCUUCCAGGGGUUGGAUUUCGUGCUGUCUGAGGCAAGGAAGCAUGGGAUUAAGAUGAUACUGAGCCUCGUGAACAGCUACGACAGCUUUGGAGGGAGGAAGCAGUACGUGCAGUGGGCGAGAGAGCAGGGGCAGAGCAUUGGAUCUGACGAUGAGUUCUUCACUAACCCUGUUGUCAAGGGCUUCUACAAGAACCAUAUCAAGACCGUGCUGACGCGGGUGAACACGAUCACGGGCGUGGCGUACAAGGACGACCCGACGAUCAUGGCGUGGGAGCUGAUGAACGAGCCCCGGUGCCCGUCGGACCUCUCCGGCCGGACCCUCCAGUCGUGGAUCGCGGAGAUGGCGGCGCACGUCAAGUCCAUCGACGGCGCCCACCUGCUGGAGGCCGGCCUGGAGGGCUUCUACGGCGCGUCGACGCCGUCCCGCGCCACCGCCGCGAACCCGUCGGGGUACCAGCUGGGCGCCGACUUCGUCGCCAACAACCGGGCGCCCGGGAUCGACUUCGCCACCGUGCACGCGUACCCGGACCAGUGGCUUCCCGGCCUCGACGCGCCGUCGCAGCUCCGGUUCCUGGGCGCGUGGCUCGACGCCCAUGUCGCCGACGCGCGGGGCGCGCUGCGGAUGCCGCUGCUGGUGGCGGAGUUCGGCAGGUCGCGCCGGGACCCCGGGAUCAGCGGCGACCAGCAGCGGGACGCGGUGUUCGGGACGGUGUACGGCAGGGUCUACGAGUCGGCGCGCGCCGGCGGGCCGGCGGCGGGGGCGCUCUUCUGGCAGCUGCUGGCGGAGGGGAUGGACUCGUACGGGGACGGGUACGAGGUGGUGCUGGGCCAGGCGUCGUCCACCGCCGGAGUCAUCGCGAAACAGAGCCGGAGGCUGCAGGGGCUCGCCAGGGCGUUCGCGCGCGCAAGCAAGCACAAGCAGGGGCACACGGGCAAGGGCGGCAACUGAAGGCGAUGGGCUCUGCUGCUAAUAAUUAUGUGCGUGUGGUUGUGUGCGCGUCGAUGUUUCCUCGAGAUGAUUUGAAGAUUCAUCCGGGAGCAAAGUGGCGUCGUCCUCCGUGUCUUAGAGGGCAUGCUUUUAAGUGUUCUUGUGGAUCACGAGAGGAGCGAAGUUAUGGGUGCAAGGCUGUGGAAGAAGCAGCCUGUGAAGGUUGUCACUUGUUACCAUCCUCAUUACCUGCUUGGUCAAUUCUCAUCUCGUUCCUUGA